CCAUUUCACCCCACAUCCAUUCACAUUCUCAUCAACUCCAAACCAAUUACUUCCACCAACUUUUAUUUGAUUUUUUGGGUACCCUAGAAAUGGCUGAGUUGGUGGAGAAUUCAAGAUUCUACCUUGUUUUUCUAUUUGUUUUGAUGCUUGGGAAUUUGAGCACUCGUGUCGAAGCAAGAGCAUUUUUUGUGUUUGGAGAUUCGCUGGUCGACAAUGGGAACAACAACUACUUGGCGACUACGGCGAGGGCCGACGCUCCACCCUACGGCAUUGACUACCCGACCCAUCGCCCCACCGGCCGUUUCUCCAAUGGCCUCAACAUCCCUGAUCUUAUCAGUGAGCAGAUGGGGUGGGAGGCCACAAUGCCAUACCUAAAUCCAGAGCUUACUGGGCAGAAACUAUUGGUUGGUGCCAAUUUUGCUUCUGCUGGUGUUGGAGUACUUAAUGACACUGGAUUCCAGUUUGUGAACAUAAUUCGGAUAUAUGAGCAACUGAACUUCUUCCAACAGUACCAGCAGAGAGUGAGUGCCCUAAUCGGGGAAGAGGAGACUAAGAAACUUGUGAAGGAAUCCUUAGUUUUGAUGACAUUAGGUGGAAAUGACUUCGUCAACAACUACUACUUGGUGCCUUACUCCGCCAGGUCUCGUCAGUUCACUCUCCAAAAGUAUGUGCCUUAUGUCGUCUCCGAGUACAAGAAAGUCUUAAUGAGACUGCACGAUCUGGGGCCUCGUAGGGUUAUAGUGACGGGAACUGGACCGCUAGGGUGUGUGCCGGCGGAAUUGGCGCUCCACAGCACUAAUGGGGAAUGUGCGGAAGAAUUGCAAAAGGCUGCAGCGCUCUUCAACCCUCAGCUGGUUCAGAUGCUCAACGAACUCAACCAACAACUUGGCUCCAACGUUUUCAUCGCAGCCAAUACGAAUCAAAUGCACAUGGACUUCAUCUCCAACCCUCAAGCAUUCGGAUUCACAACCUCAAAGAUAGCAUGUUGUGGGCAAGGGCCAUACAAUGGGCUGGGGCUAUGCACGCCGUUCUCAAACCUCUGCCCAAACAGGGACUUGUAUGUGUUUUGGGAUCCAUUCCACCCAUCCGAGAGGGCCAACAAGUUGAUUGUGCAGCAGAUCUUGGCUGGCUCCACCGCCUACAUGCACCCAAUGAACCUCUCCACCAUCAUGGCUUUGGAUUCAAGGGCUUGACCCCCAUUUUCUAGAGGCUGUGUUUGGAUGCAUGGCAUUUCACAAAUUUGAUUUUCAUGCCUCCAACAAUAGCUUGCCUAGCUUGUGUUCUCAUCUCUUUGUUUCAAUUUCAACCCCUUUUUUUUUAGUUGUGUUUUGAAUGUGAUCACUAAUUGUACUUUUUGUUGUUGGUGGUGGUGGUGUUUGUCUUUUUUGUAAGGACUUGAUUGGGAAGUUUGGCAUUAAUGACCAAUGAAUGUGAUUGAUUUUGGAGUUCUUUGAAUCA